AUGGAAGCGCUUUCAUGCAUGUUUUCAAAGGCUGGUGAUUUGGGUAUUAUUAACGGGGUUAAGCUUCCUUUUGACGACCCCUCUAUUUCGCAUCUUUUCUACUCCGACGAUGCUAUAAUUCUUGGGGAAUGGGAUAGGGACGUUAUUCAUAAUGUGGUUAGAAUUCUGAAAUGUUUCCAUGUUUGCUCGGGCCUCCAAAUUAAUUUCGGGAAAUGUAAUAUUUUCGGGCUUGGAGUGAAUUUAGAUGAGAUUGAAGAAAUGGCUUUUAGAGUUGGGUGUAAAGCGGAAUCUUUUCCGUUCAAAUAUCUCGGUUUGACUGUCGGGGCGAAUAUGAAUCGGAUAAAUAACUGGAGACCGGUGUUUGAUAUUUUUGAAAAGAGGUUGUCGAUGUGGAAAGCUUCUCUCUUAUCUAUUGGCGGCAGAGUUACGUUGUUUCGGUCAGUUCUUGAGAGUCUUCCUUCGUAUUUUUUCUCUCUUUAUCGCGCCCCGGUUAUAGUGAUAGAAGGUUUUAGAAAAUUCUUAUGGGAGGGUUCGUCUAGUGAGAAAAAACUCCAUUGGGUAGCAUGGGAUAGGGUUGCCUCUCCUAAGAAGAUGGGAGGUCUCAGUUUGCAUAACCUCAAGGAUAUUAAUAUGGCUUUGUUUUCGAAACGGGGAUGGAGGCUCAAAACGAAGAGGGAUAAUCUUUGGGUCCAUGUGGUUAAUGUCAUUCAUUCGGGAGGGUCGGGAUGGAAUUCUUUUCCGGCUAAGAAAGCUUAUGGUGGAGUGCGGUGUAAUAUUGUGUUUGUGCUUAACAAGCCGGUGGUGGGUAACAUUCCUCUUAGAAAUUUCUUUAGAGGAGUGGUAGGGAAUGAUGAAAGCAUCCUUUUUUGGCUAGGCCCAUGGCUUUAUGAUGUUCCGCUUAAAGAAAAAUUCCCUGAUCUUUUUCGGUUAGAGAUGGUAAAAAACUGUAGCAUCCGUGACAGAUUAGAUGGGGAAGGUCUUUGGUUAUUGAGGCAUGAUUUCGAAUCGGAUCCUGAAAGGAGCGAAUGGCAUACUCUGGAUUCGGUGAUGGGUUCGGUCUCGCGCUCCAAUCUGACCAACAGGUGGAAAUGGAUGGGCAGCGGGUCGGAUGUCUUCUCGGUUGCUGCUGUUAAAAGACUGAUAGUUUCGAAGAAAGAUUACAGUAGCCGAUAUCUUUUGGAUUGA